AUGAGGCUCAUCCACACCAGAUCGCUGAAGCUCCGCGAAUUUAACAGGUCCAUCCCGCCGUACGCGAUUCUGUCGCAUACCUGGGGCACCCAGGAAGUCACCUUCCAGGAAUUCAGGAACAGGUCUACCCGAAAACGAAAUAGGGACAGCCGGGGCCUGGCCAAGAUUCUGGCUACAUGCCGGCAAGCACGGCGCCAGGGUUUUGAGUACGUCUGGGUAGACUCGUGCUGCAUUGAUAAGAGAAGUAGUACGGAGUUGAGCGAAGCUAUUAACUCUAUGUUUAAAUGGUAUCAAAACGCGCAUGUCUGUUAUGCUUACCUGGAGGACGUGGCAGUUGGAGAACCCAGACCUUCUGGCUGGACUUCUGGCGGGCCACCUGUUGUUUCGACGACCACAGGGACCAUUGGAUUGGGCAGCAGUCGAUGGUUCACACGAGGCUGGACGCUGCAAGAACUCAUCGCCCCGAAGAAGGUAGAGUUUUAUGAUACGGAGUGGAACUACAUUGGAGAGAAGCACGAGAUGGCCUCGGAGAUCCGAGACAUUACAGGGAUUGACACAUUCGUUAUCAAAGGAAGUCCUCUUGAGCAAGUCUGUGUUGCAAAGAAGAUGAGCUGGGCUGCUCACAGAGAAACAAGACGGAAAGAGGAUAUCGCUUAUUGCCUGUUCGGCAUCUUUGGCGUGAAUAUGCCCCUCGUAUACGGGGAAGGCUCCAAGGCAUUCUUGCGUUUGCAGGAAGAAAUCCUGCGCAGGUCCGAUGACCAGACUAUCUUCGCUUGGCGUUCGAUGGGGUCGCAAAAGCCUAGAGAGGUUCGGGGGCUUUUUGCAAACUCUCCUCGUGAGUUUAGCAACUUUUAUGACGGGCUCCCGAGCGAAUCGAACAUGAGUGGCGAGCCGAGUAUCCCGUCUACCAACGAUCAUUUAGUGAGGGUAUGGGAUUUCCAGACACCGCAACAACCCAUCGCAAUGACAAAUCGAGGGGUCCGAAUCACGGGUCGAAUACAGGAUCUAAGGGCGCAUUUAGAACCCCACAACACUGUGAUUUUGAUUCUCAACUGCUGUUUUGGUGGAGACCCGCGGAGAGCUGCGGGUAUAUAUCUCCAGCGUCAAGACAAUGACCGAUACGCACGAAUUCGCCCACGUGAAAUUGCAGUGUUGGAACGAGAGGGCCGGCAUGUCAGAGAGGUCACUCUGUACGGGCUCACUCGUACAGCUGAAAUCCGUGGCCACCACUAUGAUCAGCCGUGGACAUCAUCCUACCAGAUUCGAAUGGAGCUUAUGGAUAGUCAGAUUUUCAAAGCCGAAAACGUCGAAAUGACGAGAAAGCGUUAUGAAGAUUCGUUCUAUAUGGAUAAAACUGCAAUCAGGCCUCGAACAGUGUUCGGAACAUAUAAGCUUCAGGGGUUCUUAAUGACCGAUUCAAGCGGCCUACUACGGUUCUUUUGUUUCGAUCCUACAGCUCGCCGUUUAAAUCUGGUAUUGAAGACAUACGCUGACUACCGAAUUGUGCUUGUUUAUCGAGAUUUCAAUGGCCCUAACCUUGUACUGGUUGUUUUGGGUCAGAGAAACAACCAACAUUGGAUGGACGCGGUAUGCUUGACUGAAGAUGACGUAAAGGAGGACAGCUCAAGUCUUCUCAAUGCCAUGGCCACACCUGCAUCACACAGCUCAAAGUUCAAGCAACUCCUCAUUGAUGACAUGCAUGGGCAACUUCGAUUUUGUUUCGGCUUGAAAACCAUCGAAGUAGAAGGCAUUGCGAUGUCAGAACUGCAAAUCAAGGGACCAUGGCCAGCGUCAUUUUUGAAAUAUACCCUUCAUUAUUAUCGUCAUCCCUUGAUCGGAUUAGGGAUCUGGGGUGCUACUGUCCUUGGGCUCUGGUAUGUCGGCAUCAUAGGAUUUGGAGAUGCUCCACCUGACGGAGCUGUGAUACAUCACCACUAA